UUGUGUCUAACAAACACAAACCACGUGGUUGCCUGCACACACACCACGCUGCUGAUCUCGCGCGCGUGUUUAAUAUUAGAAACCGCGCAUAUUUUGUUACACCUUUAAAUCAGUCGCCAUAUGUAGAGGUGUGUUGGUUAAAAGUGUGUUUGGGCUUAAGUUCGUGUGUUUUCGGGGCUUAAGUUAUUGUGGGCAGUGCGGCCAUGCUUGUGGCUCGUGCGUUUGGCGUCGUCCGUUUCUCACUGCAAUCUAAUAUUAAACGUCUCCAGAAUGCGAGUAUCUCCGACAUAUGCGGUUGAAAUGGGCGCAAAGCGCGAGAAAUCUCGGCGUGCGUGCGGUGUGAGGAAGAUCAGAUGAUAUUUGGACUGCGUCGGUGCUGCCGCAUGGACGGAGGAAGCGCGAGAGGCGCAUUGUUGUAAUGGCGGACCGUAUCAACUGUGAACACGAUGUUUUUUAUUUAGGCCAGCGAGUGUGUUCAUUAUCUCGCUUGAUAUUUUAGUUUCGACCAACUGUGAAUGGGAUAUGAUGUAUUUAGAGCUUAGCAAACAUUCCCCUCACGCCAGAGACGGCGCGGGACCAGGAGCGACGUAUUCGGCGGGAAAUCGCCAAUAGUAAUGAGCGCCGACGCAUGCAGAGCAUCAACGCUGGCUUCCAGUCUCUGAAAACACUCAUCCCGCAUAGUGACGGGGAAAAGCUAAGCAAGGCUGCCAUCUUGCAGCAGACGGCCGAAUACAUCUUUUCUCUGGAGCAGGAGAAGACGCGGCUGCUGCAACAAAACACCCAACUCAAACGCUACAUACAGAAGGAGUUCAGCGGCUCAUCUCCGAAGAGGAGGCGUGCCGAGGAGAAGGAUGAAGGGAUCGGAUCUCCAGACAUUCUGGAGGAGGAGAAGGUGGAGGAUCUCCGGAGAGAGAUGAUUGAACUCCGACAACAGCUGGAUAAAGAGCGCUCGGUUCGCAUGAUGCUGGAAGAACAGAUCCGUUCAUUGGAUGCCCACUUGUACCCCGAGAAGCUCAAGGUGAUCGCACAGCAGGUCCAGGAACAGCAUGUGCAGACGCAAACUCUGCUCCGCCUUCAGCAGCAGCAGGAACAGCUGGGAAAAGAGACCAGCACCCCUGCUCGCAGCCCGCUGGUGUAUUCUCCCGCCACGCCGCCUGCACCCACUCAUCACGCCACAGUAAUCGUUCCCGCCCCUGCGCCGCCACCCCCUCCCCAUCAUGUCACUGUGGUAACCAUGGGCCCCACCUCCGUGAUCAACACAGCAUCCACAUCACGACAGAACUUGGACACCAUUGUGCAGGCUAUCCAGCACAUCGAAGGCACGCAGGACAGGAUGGUCGUGCCCGAGGAGGAAAAGCGCCGGGCGGUCAUCGUCACCCCGGGCCGUGUCCUCACAGACACCGGAGACUCUGACACCGCCUCUGACAACGAAGGAUCUGAGGACUGUUAACUGCCCCAGUCACCCCCAUCCCCAUAUCCCCCCCCACAUGUAAACGGGGGGCACAGAGAGGGGCGAGGGGGUCUGUGGAAGGGCCUCCACAGAAAUACUCUUUCUUUCUCUCUCCUCUCUUCCUGUCACUGUAUUCUUCACACUUGCAUACGGGACUCACAGACUCAAUGACUUGAAAGUUUCUCGGGGGGGGGGGGGGGGACUAAACAAAAACGGAAAAAAAAAAAAAAAAAAGAAAAGUUUACAGGAAAUGUGCCGCAAAAACAGAACGAGCACGCUUAUGUAUACUCACACAGUACACUAUAACUCCAUAGCACUCUGGUAACAUAUGAUACAGCUCUUACUCAUGCUCUGUUGAGUUCUCUUUAGUUUCACCAACGCACGCUCCCAGGUAAGCAAUUUUGUGAGAGGAAUCACAAAAUCUGUGUCGGAAUCUGCCACAGGUCUUCCAGGCCUCUGCUUCAUCACUUCCUGUUUUUCUAUAUCACUUCCUACAUCCUGCCCAUAAGAGGGCAGUAGAGUGUUCUGAUUGGAGGAAUCCCAUUGCCGUGCUACAAGACGUCUCAUCUCUCAAAACGAACCCUUUGCCCCGCCCCCAUCUGGCUGCGUCAUAUUCCUCUUUCCGUUCUGGGGAGGCUUGAAGCAUCACUGUGAGCCAAUGAGACUUCAGAAACCUGUUUCACACCAUGGCUUCCGAAACUUUAGAGGAAAUGUUACUCUUUUUUUUUUUUUUUUUUUUUUUUUUUUAUUGGCGUAGACAAAGUUUAGUCUAGUUUUCCCAUUUUCAAGUUCUCAAUAGCGGGACAAAGACCGCCACUGCUUAGAGGGGCCUUGUAUUGCGCGCACUUUUUAAAUUACGCAAAGAGGGGGGACUUUGUGCACUUAUUGUUGCUCACCUUUACUGGGCUGGGUUCCCAGUACACACGUUGGUGUAGGGUGAAGCACUCCCUCCGUCGCGUCCAAACACCCCCCGGUCCUGUCCUAGAAGUCGUAAUUUCAAAAUUCUGGCCGAAUUUUUUUCAGUGUCGUUUGUAUAUCAAAUGGAAUAAGCUAACCACCAGGUACUCGUACCUGCGAGGAAAUUUGUGUCGCUUUUAGCACACUCGCUAGUAUAAGCGCAAAAGUCUUGUUUUUGUUUUUGUUUUUGAGGAAGUGUGGAAAUAGCACUACCAGGGUUGUCGUGGCCCGAUUUCAGCCUAUGCAGCUCUUUUGGUUCUCACCCCCCCGUUUGAAAGGAACUUCAUGGCCCCUUUGGUCUUCUCCCAGAAUUAUUGUCAUGUCUGUUUGUCGUCCGUGCUCUUUGCGGCGUAAAGUGAUGUUUAGGAGUGGACUAGCCCGUAAUCUUGCUCUCUAGCUCUAUGCACUCGCUGGUUCACUCUGCUCGCUUGAAUGUUUUAGUUUCCCUGUAUUUCUUGGCGUCCGUACACGCCACAGAUAAUCACAUGGAUGGAAAGGUGGUGCUACUCCUGCUUGAACUCUCCAGAUAAGCCAGGGAUGUCCAGUCCUGCUUUUGGAUGGCCAUUUUCCUGCAAAGUUUGGCUCCAGCCCCAAAUCAAACACACCUGAACUAGGUAUGGUAUGGGACAAGUUGCAGCCAAUCUAGCCCUCCAGGAGCAGAAUUGGACACUCCUGGAAUAAGCCAUGCGAUACUGUGAACUCUUCAUGCCCCUGGUGGGAUUGAGAGAUGUAUCCUGUGCCGAAACAAUGGCCAGUGGCUUGCCUUAACACAGCUUCGGUGUGCACGGUGAGGCACAGAGGCCUGCCUUAAACUUUAGCCCUGAAGAUGGCGCUAGAGAGUGAGGCCAGAGGGCGGCGGUAAGACGUGGUGCCCCAUGUUCAUCUCUUCUCGCAGUUGAUGUUUCCAAACAUUCCAGUUCAAUCUACCGUUGUGUUUUGCAUUGCAUUGCCGGCGCUGAUGUCGGCAAGAUUUGGCCAUAGUGGAUGUUUUGUUUUUUGUUUUGUUUUUUUUUGCAUUCUAAAGUGUGCAUGUCCCCUUUCCCUUACGAAAUAUUACAGGGAAUCUUUUUGCUGCUGGACAGAUGUGUUUUUUCCUUCUGGAGUUAUCAGGUGCUGUCAGCACGCUGGCUCUGUGGACCUUGUCAGUCAUAUUGCGGUGAAGACUGCUGGGAAUCAGGGCUUCCAGAAGAAUGGGAUAAUCUAAUAUUGGCAGAUUUUUUUUUUUUUUUUUUCUCGCGCUUUCUUUUUGGAUAAUGGUUUGCUUGGGUCAUAGAGACUAGUGUCCUGCUUGUGCCGUCUUUUUUACGUCAAGUCUGUAAUAACGGUUUGGUCUUUGCGAAAAAGUCUCUUUCGCCCUCCCGCGUUUAUACAUUUCCUCUACCGAAGCCACAGGGUGUCUAUUUUUUGUGUAUUUUCUACUCACAAAAAUCACUGUAAGAAAUCCUGAGGACAUAUCGGAGGUUGGGUGUGUCGAGGGGAACGGGGGUGAUUUUAUGAACCUGAAGCACUUACUGUAGUAUAACGAGGAGUGACUCUUAUUUUCAAAGAGAUGUUCUCCUCGACCGAAGCUCUUCUCGCUGUGAUUUUUGAACCACACGGCUGUGUUUAACCCUCAACGUUUGUCCUGGCACACCACAUGUCCUCUGGCCGUCUCCGCAGUCUCCAGACUUGUCCUGUCUCUCAUCUUCUCCCUCUUUUAUUGUCUGUCAUCUCUUUAUUUUUUUGUUUCUAUUUUUGUUGUUUCUCUUUAUGUGGGACAGUCAGUCCAUUUGGUUGUUGAGAAGCUAUUGUAUUUUUUUUUUUAAACUGGGGAAAAGAGGCUUGUGCCUUUGUAAAAACAGAAUAAUAAAGUUUGUACUUUGUUUUUUACAA